ACGAAUCUCCGUCGCCGGUUUAAAAAUGCAAUGAUUGAUAACGUAAGGUCAAAAUGAAUUACGAUUUUUAUGAAGCGAACUUACAGUUUAGGAAGAAACAGUAUUCGAAAUGUGUGGAUAUUUGUACAAAUUUAUUAAUGAAAAAUUCGUUAGAUCAGGCUGUUUGGGUUUUGAAAAUGAGAGCUAUGACGUUACAAGUGAUGGUAGACGAUAUAGAAGCAGAAGAAGAAGGAAUAGCUGACAUGUUCCUGAACACAGAUACAAUUGCUGUUUCGGCUCGUCCUGGUACAUCUUUAAGAACAGCGAAUACAAGCACAGCUUUAGGAAAUCCCAGCCAUAGACCGAAAACAGUAUCAGGAAGACCGAUCAGUGGUGUUGUCAGACCAGACACUCGAUCUGGUGGAGGUGAAACGUUGCAGCAAACAUUGAGAACCCCCAGAACUGCUCAAACUGUCAGACCACUUACGUCGAAAUCAGCUCGAAGUUUGAGAUUGGGAACAGCUUCGAUGGUGUCUCAACUGGAGGGUGCGUUUAUUCAAAUAUCGCGACUGAAUUUAGCAAAAUAUGCGGCCCAGAAAUCAGUAGCGAAGGCUUUAUUCGAAUAUAUUUAUUACCACGAGAACGAUGUGAGAAAUGCUAUGGAUUUAGCCAUCGAAGCGACGAAAGCUUGCGAAUAUAAGGAUCCUUGGUGGAAAAUUCAACUCGGCAAGUGUUAUUUUUUAAUCGGUUCGAAUCGAGAUGCAGAGAAACAAUUUAAAUCGGCGCUCGAACAACAGCCUACAAUCGAAGUGUACCUGAGACUGGCUAGAAUUUAUUUAAGACUAGAUCAACCAAUUACAGCGUUGGAAUUAUUAGUCGUAGCGUUGAAACAGUUCCCAAAUGAAGUUACCAUCGUGACUGAAAUGGCUAGAAUACUCGAAGAACUGAACGAUAUACCAUUGUCUGUGAAAUCAUACAAGAAUAUUUUACGCGAAGAUGCAACCAACAUGGAAGCUGUAGCUUGUAUUGGUGUUCAUCACUUUUACACAGACCAGCCUGAUAUUGGCCUUCAAUGUUAUAUACGAUUGCUCCAGAUGGGUCUGUACACUGCUGAACUUUUCAACAAUUUGGGAUUGUGUUGUUUUUACUCUCAACAAUACGAUAUGGUGGUGACAUGCUUCGAACGAGCCCUUAGCUUGGCUGUAAAUGAUAAUGCAGCCGAUGUUUGGUACAAUAUUGGUCACAUUGCUAUCGCUAUUGGUGACUUGGACAUCGCUGAGCAAUGUUUGCGUUUAGCAUUAUCUAUCGAUACGACUCAUGCAGCCUCAUUCAACAAUCUUGGCGUGAUUAUGUUCAAUCGUGGAAACAGUCUACAAGCAUGUUCAUAUUUUGACUUUGCUAAUAGCAUAGCUCCUUAUUUAUUCGAACCACAUUUUAAUCGAGCCUACGUAUCUCAUGAGAUUGGAGAUCUGCAAACGAGUUAUAUGUUGGUAAAGAAAUCCUUGAAAGCUUAUCCUGGACAUGUGAGCUCCGAAAAAUUACUCGAUAAAUUGAGAGUUUAUUUCAAUUAUUUAUAGCUUCAACUUUUUUUUUUUUGUAUUCUAUUCUAUUGAAUUGUUGUUUUAACUUGAUAAAUUAAUAAAAUAUGUUGAGUAGUAAGUACCAA